GAGCAAGUUCCGCAUCUCUAUUGUUGGCCCGAGGGGCAGCCCGCGUCCCGUCGUGCCCCGCGGCGCCCUCUAGUAGCCGAAACCCCGAGGCUGCCGGGCUCGCGCUCGGGCCCCGCGGCGCGCGCAGAGGGGCCGCCGGUUGGCCAGCGCGCUCCGGGACUGGUCCCGAGGCCCCGGAGGAGAGACGGCACUUUCCCCUCCCCGCCGCCCGCAGUCCCUCGCCUCGCGUCGGAUCCCGACCCGGGGGCGGAGAAUCGGCAUGGAAGCCGAAGACCUCCAGGAAGACCUGACCUGCUCCAUCUGCCUGGACUAUUUCGAGGACCCGGUGUCCAUCGAGUGCGGCCAUAACUUCUGCCGCGGCUGCCUGCACCGCAGCUGGGCGCCGGGCGGCGGCGCGUUCCCCUGCCCCGAGUGCCGGCAGCCGUCGGCGCCCGCGGCGCUGCGGCCCAACUGGGCCUUGGCCCGGCUGACGGAGAAGACGCGGCGCCGGCGUCAGGGCCCCGUGCCCCCCGGCCUGUGCGGCCGCCACUGGGAAGCGCUGCGGCUCUUCUGCGAGGACGACCAGCGGCCCGUGUGCUUGGUGUGCAGGGAGUCGCAGGAGCACCAGACGCACACCAUGGCGCCCAUCGACGAGGCCUUCGCCAGCUACCGGGAGAAACUUCUUGAGACUCAGUGUAGUCUGACGGCCAAGAUGAAGAAAGCCAUGCAUUUGCAGGACAUGGAAGUGAAAAAUGCUACUGAGUGGAAGGAGAAGAUGAAGAACCAGCGAAUGAGAUUCGGUGCAGAGUUUGCAAAGCUGCACCACUUCCUGGCCGAAGAAGAGCAACUGUUUCUUCAGAGACUGAGCAAAGAAGAAGAAGAGACGAAGAAGAAACAGAAUGAGAACACGUUAAAGCUCCAUCAGACGAUCACUUCCUUGAAGCAGCUCAUCUUAGAGGUCGGGAGGAAGAGCCAGAGCCCCACCCUGGAGUUGCUGCAGAAUCCAAAAGAUGUGUUGACCAGGAGUGAGAACCAGGAUGUGAACUAUUCCCCUGAAGUUCUAACAGUGAAGACUGUGUGCAAGAUACCCAUGAUGAAGGAAAUGCUGAAGCGAUUCCAAGUGGCUGUAAAUCUAGCUGAAGACACGGCCCAUCCCAAACUUGUCUUCUCCCAGGAAGGGAGAUAUGUAAAAAACGGAGCAUCAGCCAGUUCUUGGCCAUUGUUUUCCUCAGCGUGGGGCUAUGUUAGUGGAUGGAGGACCCCUCCGAAGACCACACAGUCUGUGGAAAGAUUUCAGCACUUACCCUGUGUUUUGGGAAAAAACGUUUUCACUUCAGGGAAACAUUACUGGGAAGUUGAGAGCCGAGAUAGCCUGGAGAUUGCCGUGGGGGUAUGUCGGGAGGACAUCAUGGGGAUUGUUGAUAGUUCAAAAAUGUCCCCCCAUGUGGGAAUCUGGGCUAUUUGUUGGAGUUCUGCUGGCUACCGGCCCCUAAUAAGCUUUUCUGUAAGUCCUACCAAGCAAGAGCCUGCUCUUCACCGGGUGGGAGUUUUCCUAGAUCACGAGGCUGGGGACAUCUCCUUCUACAGCGCUGUGGAUGGAGCUCAUCUACACACUUUCUCUUGUCCUCACGUCUCCUGCCUCCGGCCAUUUUUUUGGUUGAGUCCGUUAGCAUCUUUAGUCAUCCCAGCAGUGACUGGUGGGAAAUGAGUCUUCCCCUGCCCAGGAAUCUUUGCCUGUACCCUAGCCUGGGGACAUGCAUCCCUUGGCCCUCUUCUUUCACUCUGUACAUACUGGUCCAGGUAGCGCAUCAGUACUGUCCAUUCAGAUUCUAAUUUGAUGUCUUGUUCAGCUCCCUGUGUGUGCUGUGCACAGAAAGUAUGGUGGAGCCUGUUGGUGGCCUUUCCAGCACCCACUUGCCCCAUGUCCCUCCUCCUCUUCUGGUUCUUCCUCAUUGAGCUGUUUGGUGUACACCCUCCCUGUGCUUCAGGAGAGGCAGCUCUCCCCAAUGCGAGGCAAUUCUGGCCAGUGAGCUGGGAUGAGAAAUGUUCCAGGAUGCUUCUAGGGAAAGAUCAUGUAGCUUUAAAAAAGAGGUGUUUAAGGAGACACAGCCCCUCUUCUGACGUUAGUAGCUGUCUUGGAACUGAGGAGAGCACAGUGACAGUGGAAAGGAAGAGGGAAUGUGGGCUUUGCUAGCAUUGUUGGACUGUUGGAAUUUCCUUAAUCCCCAAUUUCUUGUCAGAGGAGGUUACUGCUCGCUCAGUGUACAAGGCAAUUCAGGUUGCAUUUUUGUAUAGGAUGGUCUCUUUUCCUGAAACUUGACAGAUUUGUAGACUGUUUCUGCUCAGUCACAUAAUUCCUCUACUCUCCAGUAAGUACUGAUACCUCCCAAUCAGAAAGUGAGGGAAUCUUCCCUUACUCUGCCCAGGCUAUGACUCUUCUUCACCCGACCAUGCCUACGCCCUCAAGUGUUGAUUAUGUUUCUAUCUAUCAAAUUCUUACUGUUGUGUAUGCAAGGUAUUCACGUCACAUCUAAAACAUUGGGAGGCACUUGCCAAGUAUUCACACUGCACUUCUGGCCUCUUCAUUAAUGCUCUUGUACGACUCCUGCAGAAGCUUGGUGUGAGAUGGAAAUUAAAAUCCUCUUUUUACAAGUAAGAAAACAGACCUUUGGGGUAACUCACUCGGUAUUGUUUGGCUGGCAAAUGGGAAUGCUGGGAUUAAAUCCAGAUCAGUCUGAGGUAAAAGCCUGUGCCCUUUUCUGGUCUUUGUAAGCUUCUGGUUUUUGUAAUGCUCUUUGUGAGCAUUUAUUGAAUGCAGAUUGCAUGUCAGCAACAUCUUCGUGUUGGGUUUUUAUUUUGUUACACAUUUUUAUCCAUUUAUAUGUGUUUUCCCUCAUUUUAUCUUUGUUUUCUAGAGUAUAAGCUCUCAGGAUUGUGACAGGAACUGGGUAGUUAUUUUAAAAAUAAUGAUUGUUUCUCUCUGUAAAAGUUGUCCACUUAUGGUAGAAAAUUCGGAACAUACAAAAAGUAUAAAAAGCUGAAAGUUAUUGGUAAUUUCACCACUUCUAACAUUUUAAUGUGUUUCCUCCCAGAUUUCUGUAGACUUUCUGGCAGUGAUUUAAUAGCACCCUCCCUAACCCCUCCUCCCCUCCUAUGUCUCUGCCCAUCCUGGCUUGUCUUUCUCUUCAGCCUGAGCAACCCUCUCAUUCAGUGAUUUCUGCUGAAUUCUCCUUAACUUUCUAAAGUACUUGCUGUUAGGAGUUGCACUGGGUCCUCUAAAAAGAUAGGUUGAAGUCCUACCUGUGAAUAUGACCUUAUUUGGAAAUUAAGAUGCGGUCAUUAGGGUGGGCCCUAACCCAAUGUAACUGGCACCCUAAUAAUAAUAGUAAUAAUAAUCUGUGGUGCACACGGAGGUGCCGUGUGAAGACACAGGGAAAAUGACCGUGGGAGAGAUUGGUGUCAUGCUGCCACAAGCCAGCUGAGGGCUGCUAGAACCUGGAAAAGGCAAGGAAGAACCCUUCCCUAGAAGCUUCCGGAAGAACAUGCUCCUGCCAACACCUUGAUUUGGGACCUCUAGCCUCCAGAACUGUGAGAUGAUUAACUUUUGUUAUUUUAAGCCGCUGGUUUGUGGCUUGUCACAGAGCCCUAGGAAGCAAAUACACUUGCCCAUCAGGACUUUCCCCAGUGUCUGCCUUGUUCGUUUCCAGUCCUUGGGAAACUCAUUACUACCUUUCCUCCAUCCUCCUCCUGGGCUGUUGAGCCAGGUCGACUGGUUCUGCUACAAAGUCUUGUUCUCUGACUUCAAGUGGGCUAUUUGAACUCCUUGGUGAACAAACUUUAUUUUUUCAUCCCUUGACUUCCUUUUACAUUUUUGGUGGCAGUGAUUCCAGACCAUUUCCUCCUCUUUCAAGGCUUCAUGAGCCCUGUCAUACUACCGUAGGGGAGGCAAACUUUACCUCUACCUGUCUUAAGUUUUUGGCUGGGCCUCUGACAAGAAAUCAGAUUAACAAGAGAAAAACAGUUUACUAACGCACGCAGCACACACCAUGCAGGAGAAACCUAAAGUGAAGAGCAACUCAAAGUGGAGGCUUAGAAUUCUGGUUUACGUAGUACCUUUAAUAAAGAACAAUACAUUUGUGGAGGACGUAGGAGGAACGUCUUAGCCUUCCAGGUGCGGCAGUCUGUGGGAAGGUAAAUGCAUGUGAGGAAACUAAUGGAGGAAAUGUUUGCAGAUUCCUCUUUGGUGUUGUCUCCAGCAAAAGGAGAAUGUAUAUCUUGUCUGCAGGCAGAAAAAGGGGAGCUUUUUCUGGGUUUGCUGCUCUUAAUUGCCUUCAGCUCAAAAUAAUUUUUAUGCUAAAGAGGCAUAUUUUGGGCUGACACAUUCUGGUUUCCUUCACUAUUAUUAAAGAACUUGCAUCUUUUACAGAGAAAAAUAUUCUUCUCUUACUCCACCUAAUAUAUGUAUGUGUAUAUAUAUAUAUAUGUAUAUAUAUAUACACACACAUAUAUACAUAUAUACAUACACACACAUAUACAUAUAUAUAUAUAUACACACACGUGUAUAUAAUACAUAUAUAUAUAUAUAUAUAUAUAUUUUUUUUUUUUUUUUUUUUUUUUUGCCUCUUUUGUGAGUCUUGAUAUUGGCUCCCCUCAGGUAUGAGUUGGGACACAGGUAUCAUAUUUACUAAAAAUGAAGUAAACUCAUGAUGCUUCUGAUAGACAAACAGGACUGUAAUAGUUUUCAGUGUUACUUAGGGAUUUUUCUGAGUCUUUACUAUGUUAACAUGUUACGACAUAUUGGAAGAGGUAUUUAUUACACAGGAUUUCUCAAGCUUAUUUCACCACAGAAACUAACUGAGGGACUAAUUCAGAGACUUUCCAGAAGAUGGUUUGGCAAUAACUAUCCUACACUUUCUCCAGAUGGUCUUGACUCUCUCAGAUUUAAACCUAGACUUGCACUGCCUCGCCCUCAAAGUUGGUGGGUAUAUGCAUUGGUGUUCUAAGCACCAAUGUCUACACUGUGUGACAGUGGAUAAGGCUCUGGUAAGAUCUUUUCCCCUGGAGACUGGGCUUUUGUUAUGUAGAGCAUUCUAGGCACAUUUUUCAGUGAUUUCUGUUGCUCCUCCCUCCUGACUCUGAUAGGAGGAGAUCUUUCUCAACUUUUCAUUCUGAGAAUUUGGUGGAGUUUCUGGAGUUAAACCCAUGAAUAUAUGCUCUCCAGCCCCCUGCCCAACCCUGCAGCUCCAAGAAGUUUCUCACCCUUAAGCUAGCCCACACUCAACCUCACACUCAAUCUUCAUUGAAACCAUUAUUUAUUCCUAUAAGUUUAUAGCUCUGUUGAAUUUUGCUUCAGGUAAGGAGGUCUUAGCUUUGCCUCUGUGGACUUGCUUGUCUAUCCAGAUUUUGGGGUGGCAGUUUGCCAUGCAACCUAAAUUCUCUGAUAAGUGCAGGAAAAGCCAUUACUUUUCAGUUUUCUCAUCUUUUUCUUGUAAGGAUGUGAGUUAGGACUUCCCAAUUCUUUAAAUGUGGGAGCUGAAACUGCAAGUCAUAAUAUAUCAUAAUAUUAAAAUAGGCUUCUUGUGAGACCUCUGUAUGGUUAAUUGUGUCAGCUCGACUAAAGGGUGCCUAGAUAGCUGGUAAAACAUUAUUUCUGGGUGUGUCUGUGAAGGUAUUUCCAGGAGAGAUUAACAUUUGAACUGAUACAUUGAGUAAAAAAAAGAUCAUUUUCACCAAAGUGGGUAGACAUUGUCCAAUCAAUGGAGAGCUGGAUAGAACAGAAAGGCAAGUUUCUCCUCUGCAUGAGCUGGGACGUCCAUCUGCCCCGGGGACAUUGGCGCUUCUGAUUCUUGGGCCUUCAGAUGUGGACUGGGACUUAUACCAUUGAUCCCCGAUUCUUGAGCCUCUGGACCCCAACUGGAACUUACACCAUUAGUUCUCCUAGUUUUCAGGUCUUUGGACUUGGAUUGAAUUACAGCACCAGCUUCCCUGAGUUUCCAGCUUGCAGACAGUAGAUUGUGGGACUUCUUGUCCUCCAUGGUGACGUGAGCCAAUGGCCAGUGAUCCAUCCAUCUUAUUGGUUCUGUUUUUCUGGAGGACCCCUUGCUUUUUUGUUUUUGUUUUAAAUCAUCUAGUCUUUCCAUUCUUAACUGUUAUUCUUAAACUAUUCACCUUUAAAGUUAUUGUUUCUUUCCAACAUGGCCCAGCAGAAUAGCUCCCACAGAGAAGGGUGGUGAGAGGAAGGGCUAUUCUUCUAUCAUCAAGGUAGUGACAAGAGAAUACACCAUCAAUAUUCACAAGUAUCCAUGGAGUGGAUUUCAAGAAGUGUGCCCUUUGGGCACUCAAAGAAAUUUGGAAAUUUGCCAUGAAGGAGAUGUGAACUUCAGAUGUGCACAUUGAUACCAAUGUGGGCCAAAGGAAUAAGGAAUGUUUCAUACCAUGUCCAUGUGUGGUUGUCCAAAAAACAGCAAGGAUGAAGAUUCAUCAAACAGGCUUCACACAUUGGUUACAUAUGUACACAUCAUCACUUUCAAAAAUCUACAGGUAAUAGAUGUGGAUGAGAACUAACCACUGAUUGUCAAAUAAAUGUAUAAAACUGCAACAGAAAAAGUUAUUGUUUGAUAUAGUUGGAUGAAAAUAUAUUAUUUUGCUAGUUCUUUUAUUAGUUUAAUUUUUUCUAAGUUUUUUUCCUUUUUCUGCUUUCUCUAGUUUUAUUGUAUAUUUAAAAAAUAAAAUUCAUUUUAUCUCCUCUACUUAUUAUUGAUACUUCUUUUAAAAACCUUUUUAGUCAUUGCCAUGGGAUUUACAGUAUACAUGUUGAAAAAAUCUGAAUCUACCUUCAAGUAACAUGUCAAUGUGUAGAAAGAGACUUUAUAAUAGUAGAAAUUGUUUUCCAGUCCUUGUUCUAUUGUUAUCAUACAUUUCACUUUUUUUGGACGCAAUAAAAACCCAAUACAUUGUUA